AUGGGUGCUGGACGCCGCAUGGCAAGGAAACAGGGCCCUCCUGAGCCGCUGUCUGAAGAACAUUUCGCGCGGUUGAAGCGCAAAGCUGGCCUGCCCGUCGACCUUCCCCAACCACAAGACAACAAGAGACGGCGGACGGCAAAGGCUGACGUCAAGGGCACCGGAAAGAAGUCCAGUGUGAAGCAGAAAAGCCAAGUUAAAGCCGCAACUGUGUCAAAGCCCUUGAAGGAGAAGGAAUCGAAGGCAUCAAAGGCGCCCAAAGCAAAUGGUAAAGCCAAGACCAAGGAUGUGAUACCCGGCCUCGACGAUUCGUCCGACGAAGAGCUUGACGAUGAGUUUGACCUAGAGAAUGCAGAGCUUUCGGACGGAGAUGACAGCUCCGUCCCAGCUCUCGGCGACGAUUUCCUCGGCUCUGACUCAGGUUCGUCCGUGUUCGAUUCUGAUGACGACGAGGGAGACGGAAAGCACGUAUUCUCCGAAGAUGAGGACGAGUCCGACGCCGAGGAAACGCUCACGGCUGCCAAUAUUGCCGGUCUUUCGAGGAAACUUGAUCGUCAAUUGGCCGAGGAGGCCGCCGCCAAUGCCGCUGAACUAGCCGAGAGUGCCCUCAAGACAAAUAUCGACGACGACAAGCCCCAUAUUCUGGACGAUGACGACGACGAGUCCGGCCAGAAGACGAACGCCCUUUUGGCGCCCGACAUGCAGCUGCUUCGGACGAGAAUCACGGAAAACAUCAGAGUGCUGGGUGACUUCAGCAACCUGGCCGAGGAAGGCCGGUCCAGAUCCGAAUACACGGCCCAGCUGAUAAAGGAUAUAUGCGCCUACUACGGGUACUCGGAGUAUCUCGCGCUGAAGCUCUAUAACCUCUUCACCCCCCGAGAGGCCUUUGCCUUCUUCGAGGCCAAUGAGACGGCCCGGCCUGUCGUCAUUAGAACCAACACGCUGCGAACGAACCGUCGCGAUCUUUCCCAGGCGCUCACCAACCGCGGCGUCAAGCUCGACGUCGUUGGCAAGUGGUCCAAGGUUGGCCUGCAAAUCUAUGAGAGCAACGUGCCACUCGGUGCCACGCCCGAGUAUCUUGCUGGCCACUAUAUCCUGCAAGCCGCCUCAUCCUUCCUGCCCUGCAUCGCCCUCGACCCCCAAGAGAAUGAGCGGGUGCUUGAUAUGGCCGCCGCGCCAGGUGGAAAGACGACGUACCUCGCCGCCCUGAUGAAGAAUACGGGCGUGAUCGUGGCCAAUGACCCCAACAAGGCCCGUUCCAAGGGUCUUAUUGGUAACAUUCACCGACUCGGUGCCCGCAACGUCAUCGUCUCCAACUACGACGCCCGCGAGUUUCCCAAGCCCAUGGGUGGCUUCGACCGUGUCCUGCUCGACGCUCCCUGUUCCGGAACAGGCGUCAUCGCCAAGGACCCCAGCGUGAAGACCAACAAGACCGAAAUGGACUUCAUGCAACUGCCCCACACGCAGAAGCAACUGCUGCUUGCCGCCAUCGACUCUGUCAACCACUCAAGCAAGUCCGGCGGCUACGUCGUUUACUCGACUUGCUCCGUCACCGUCGAGGAAAACGAGCAAGUCGUCCAGUACGCCCUCGCACGUCGGCCCAACGUCAAGCUAGUCGAGACGGGUCUCAGCGUUGACAAGGAGGGCCUCCACAAGUUCGGCGUCGAAGGCUUCACCAGCUUCAUGGGCAAGAAGUUUGACGCUAGCCUUAAGCUGACGAGGCGGUACUAUCCUCACAAGUACAACGUCGAUGGUUUCUACGUUGCCAAAUUCAAGAAGAUUGGCCCUACUCCUGCAAAGGCAUCCUCAUCAGCCGACAAGGCUGCGGCUAUGGCAGACGAUGAACCGGUCGACAGGACACCGAUCUCGGACGUCGAGGUUGAUGACGACAGUGGUGCCGUCAAGGCUGGCGGCGCUUUUGGCGGCUGGGAUGAGGAAGAGGACAAGGAGUACAUGGAAAAGGGCAGGUGGAACGCUAUGCGCAGAAGAGGUCUGGACCCGAGAAGCAAUAAGAAGGCGGCAAAGAAGCAGGCAGAAUAG